GGCUUCAGGAAUCAAAACUAAAGGCUGAGAAGAAAAACAGGACAAAGAGAAUGGCUGACGUCUGCCAUCAGCUGGGCAAGUCCUACAGCAAGAAUGGUCAGUUUGAGACAGCUAUUCAGGAACACAAACAGGCCUUGCAUUUGUUGGAAAAGCGGCAAGAUGUGAUAGGCUGUGGGCUUGAGCAUCGGAUGAUCGGCGAAUGUUUCCUAGAACUCGGGAACUGGGAGUCUUCCCUGGAGCAUCACCGAGCAUUUUUGGAAUUGGCUCAAUCGAUUGCCAAUUACGCCGAUGAGCAGCGAGCCUGGAUGCUGAUUGGCCGGAGUUACUUGUUCAGGCACGAAAGUGACCGAUCGAGAAGAGCCCUCCAAGAAGCCCAGAAGGCCUUUGUGAAAAGCAUGGAGGUUUUGGAUGAGAAACUGGAAGGUUCCAACGUUUAUAAACUCUCAGCGCUGGACCUGAAGAGUAUGCGGGCAGGACUCUACCUGAAUCUGGGAAUUGUGUGGAAUCUGAUGAAGGAUGUUCCUCACAGUCUGGAGUACAUCCAGCGAAGCAUCACCAUCGCACAACAGAACAAUCUGUUUUCAGACUUACACCGAGCAAACUACCACUUAGCGGUCAUUCACCAGGCGGACGGUCAGCACGCUCAGGCCCUGGCCAGACUGGAGACCGCACAGGAAAACGCGAGGAAGGCCAGGCUGACCGCUGAGGAGAGCGACUGCUUCAGCAGCAUGGGGGAGAUCCACCUGACUCUCGGAAACUUUUCACUUGCCAAGCUGCACUUGGAGAAAGCUCUGUCCCUGGCCUCCCCCACGCACUUGGACCAAAAGAAGAUGCAGAAACAUUUUCAGAGAGCGGAGAAGGGAGUUGAGCUACAGGAAUAUCUGUGGAAGGCGCACCCUGGAAACCACCACUGGAGGAUGAAGCUCUAUGAGAAACUUGGAGACCUCUGCUGUAAAGUGCUGGGUUACCAGAAAGGUCUGGAAUAUUAUCACAAGCAGCUGGAGUGUGCGGAGAUAUUGAAGAGACCGGAGGAGGAACUGGCAAUAAUUUACUUCUCACUGGGCUGCACCUAUUUUGAUCUGAAGGAUUAUAAGCAGGCUAUCCAUCAUUAUGAAACAGAACUGACAUUUCAGAAAGGUAGCCCUCGGGAGGUGUGCAAAACAUGGCUGAACAUUGCAGCAGCCAAGCGAAUGGAUGGGGCAGGGCGGACUGAGCUGGACAGCUGCUACCAGAAUGCUUUGCAGCAUGCCAAAAUGGCCCAGGAGCCCAGGCUGCAGAGAAAAGUCCUGAAGGAACUCAGUAAGAGCCAGCGGACUCUCAGCAGCUCCUCGGAGCAGGAGCACGGGGUGACCAGUGACAGUGAGAGUGAGGAGGGCACGGAGACGGAGGACGGUGAGCUCCUGGAUCAGAACCAGCCGAAAAUCUCUGCAAAGGGCAAAGCUCAGAUUGGCUCAUCGAAAUGUCGCAAGUCCUGGACGACAAGCAAAAAGACAGGGUGUCCCAAGCCUGAGAACACCCAGCAGGUGAGGGGAGGUGAGAGGGACCAGAUCAGUAAGAGAUGGAAACGGAACCAGAAGGGUGAGACUGAUCUCCACAGGGCCUGUAUCAGAGGGAACCUCGAAAGGGCCAAGUCCCUCAUCGAUAAGGUACGCCACCUGAGAACAAAGAUCAUCUCCUCUCUCCCCGACCCUCUCCCUGACCGGCAAACUGCUCACUCAUUAUCUCACGCAACCACCAAUCGGCAGCUGAGGCUGCAACGGUCACCCAGUGCACAGUAA